AUGAGUAAAGGAUCAAGUGAGAGAGAAGAUAGUGCAGAAAGUGAAGGAGUGAUCAUCAUCACUAGUCCUGAAGAAGGAGAAAAAGAUUAUUUGAAGGAAAAGUUGAUUAUUCAACCACAGAGAAUGGUGGAGGAGGUAGAAGAAUGCAAAACUCCAACUUGGUCAUCAAGGAACCAAAUUACAACCAUGCUGGAGUGUCCACCUGCACCAAGGAAAAAAAGACAGCAAACUUCACCAAUUUCAUCACACAUGAUGAUGAGAGCCUUAACAAUUGAUGAUGAUGAUGAUCAUUUGAGCUUCUUUCAAGAGGUAGAGCCAGGGGAGAUGGAGCUCUUCUUCCAAUCCAUAAAUGACUUUACCAGAGCUAACAAGUGA